AUGGGCAAAGACAAGUCCACCAAGGAGAGGAAGGAGAAGAAAGAAAAGCGCAGCGAGAAGGAUGGUGUCAAAAAGUCAAAGAAGGACAAGAAGUCGAAGCUCAGUGGUGAUAAUAUCGCCGCUGCUGUGAAAGUAGCAUCGGAGCCACAAUCACCGUCGCAGGAGAACGAAGAUGAUGAUAUGGAGGUAUCAAUUGUGAAGGAUGGCGAGGCUAUUGCGGAGAUAGCAGGCGCAGCAAAACCUAUUGGAGCACUGGUUCCCUUUGCCAAUCCACUGGCAGAUGAGAAGGUUGCGAAGAAGGUGCUGAAAGGUGUUAAGAAAGCGGCGAAGAACAAGACUCUCAAGCGUGGUGUAAAAGAAGUUGUUAAAGCCCUUCGCAAAUCUCCUCUCGGCGCCCCCUCCGCCUCUUCCGCCAACAUUCCUGGCAUUGUUGUACUUGCUGCAGACAUCUCGCCCAUGGACGUCAUAUCACACAUCCCAGUACUCUGCGAAGACCACAACGUGCCUUAUAUCUUCGUCACAAGCCGAGCAGAGCUAGGAGCUGCGGGCAAUACGAAGAGACCUACAAGCGUGGUUAUGGUGAGCGAGAAGAGUGGGAAGAAGGAGAAGGUGGAGGGAGAGGAGGAAUAUGUUGAGGUCUAUAAGGACUUACUUAAGGUGGUGGAGAAGGAGGCGAGAAAGGUUAGAGUUUAA